UCAAAUAAAAUCUGGGCACGUUUCCGAUCCUAAACACACCCAUAACAAUUUGGUAUUUUUCACAGUGGAAGCAAGAGAGAGUGGAGGCGAGAGACACGGAUUGUGGGGCUUCCAGAUUCCUAAACUUGUCUUCCUAAUAUAAUUACUCUUUCCUCCUCCUCCUCCUCCUCCUCUCUCUCUCUUACCACUGGAACAGCAUUUAGAUCACACAAACUUUUCUCCUAAAUUUCCUCACUUGCUCUGUUUCUUCUGCUUCUGCUUUUCUUUUAGUUUAUCCCUCUUGGCUACUUCUUCUCUUUGGCUACCACUCCCGCUAUAUUUGCUCUCCUCUCCGCUCAUCUCUACACUUUCCUCCUCAGCUCCCAGCAUUCGACCCUCUACGGCAAGUAUAAUCCUUUUAUUGCUUUCUGAAUUUGUGUCUUGUCAGAAGUUUGUCACUGUUCUAAAUUGAGGUUGAUUGUAUGGAGAAUCUUGAAGAUGACAUGUGUUUGAGGACCCUUCAGCUGACUGAAUUUUGGUCGACUGUUUGUUUCUUUUGAGGUGAUAAAAAGGGUCGUCUUUCGCCGGUUUCUGCCGUGUCGGCAGCUGUUGUCUGGAUUCAUGGUGGUGUACUGUAUUUUUUGGGAUUAUAGGGGAUAUGUAAAAGCUAGACGGGCUUAACGUUUUUGGAUGCUAAAGUUUGCUUAAUAAUGGUUUGAUCUUGGUUUUCUAACUGGGUUCUUGUUCAAUUUCCGUACUUGGUAACAUUGGAAUCUAGGUGUUCGAUUUCCAUUUUCCUGAGUCUUCUGUUAAUCUGGUUGAGAAUGGAUGGAAGGUUUGGAGGAAAGCCGCAUAAUUUAUACGGUCCAGUAGUAUCUGAUUUAAAGACUGUUGGGAAAAAGAGUUUAGAAUGGGAUUUGAAUGACUGGAAAUGGGAUGGUGAUCUUUUUACUGCUAAUCCAGUCAAUCCUUUACCAUCAGAUUGUAGGAGCAGACAGUUAUUUCCAAUUGGGCCUGAAAUUGGCACUAAAGGGAAUGCAAACAAUUCAUCUUCUUCCGAUGAAGUCAAUGCAGUGAAUAAUAGUAAAGGAAAGAGGGAACUUGACAAAAGGAGAAGGGUUACAGUUGUUGAAGAUGAAGAGUUGAAUGGGGAAGAAGCAGGGUCCCUCAAUUUGAAGCUUGGCGGGCAUGUUUACCCGGUUACUGAUGGGGAUGCAAAGAGUGGGAAGAAGACUAAAAUUGCUGCAACUCCUUCCAACCGUGCGCUUUGUCAGGUUGAGGACUGUAAAACUGAUCUCAGCAGUGCUAAGGAUUACCACCGGCGCCAUAAGGUUUGUGAUAUGCAUUCCAAGGCCAGUAAAGCUCUCGUGGGAAAUGUUAUGCAGAGGUUCUGUCAGCAAUGUAGCAGGUUUCAUGUUCUUCAAGAAUUUGAUGAAGGGAAGAGAAGCUGCCGAAGGCGACUGGCAGGUCAUAACAAAAGAAGGAGGAAAACACAUCCUGAGAACAUAACUAAUGGUGCCUCCCUUCCUGAUGAAAGGAGUAGUAGUUAUCUUCUAAUAAGUCUUCUGAGAAUUCUCUCUAAUAUGCACUCAAAUAACACUGAUCAAUCAAAUGAUCAGGAUCUGCUUUCUCAUUUGUUGAAAAACUUGGCCACUCUUGCUGGUUCAAGUAAUGGGGAAAAUUUAUCUGGAUUACUCCGAGAAUCUCAAGGUUUGCUUAGCACUGGGACGUCCCUGGGAAAACUUAAUAAGGUGACAGAUGUAGCUUUAAAUGGUCCUGAAGCUGCUAGAACUUCUUCAGCGCCUGGUUCUGAUUACCCAAUUGUUUUCAGGCCUGCCGGCCAAUGUGGCUCUAAGCCUGCUUCUGAUUUGGCAGAGAAAAGAAAAUUGGCUAGUGAUGUUCAAGAUCAAAGUAUAAAUCCUCUAUCUGGUCCCCCACCCAAAUUGCAAUUUCAAUCAAGAGACAGUCUUCCAGUGAAAGUCAAUGAAAAAGAGGCUACAGCUUCGAGGAUGAGGAUGAAUAACAUUGACUUGAACAAUGUUUAUGAUGAUUCAUUAGACUACGGAGAGAACCUGGAGAACUCUCAUCCGCUUGUAACUCCUGGGCUUUGUUCUGCCAAUAAGUCUUUAUGGCUACAUCCCGACUCUAACAAAUCAAGUCCACCCGAGUUUAGCAGAAACUCAGAUUCAACAUCUAGUCAGUCACCAUCUACUUCCAGUGGAGAGGCUCAGAGUCGUACGGACCGGAUUGUUUUUAAGCUCUUUGGGAAAGACCCAAGUGACUUUCCAGCUGUUCUGCGUAGAGAGAUUCUGGACUGGCUAUCUCACAGUCCUACAGAUAUCGAGAGCUAUAUAAGACCUGGCUGUAUUGUGUUAACAAUAUAUCUUCGUCUAGGCAAAUCCACAUGGGAUGAGAUCUACUUUGAUCUUGGCUCCAGUUUAAGAAAGCUUCUUGAUGCUUCCAGGGACUCAUUAUGGAGAACAGGAUGGGUGUAUGCAAGAGUGCAACACUGCGUAGCUUUUGUUUAUAAUGGUCAGGUUGUUUUAGACACUCCCUUGCCUCUAAAAAGCCAUAAAAAUUGCAGGAUCACAAGCAUCAGGCCAAUUGCUUUACCUGUAUCAGGAAGAACUCAAUUUGUAGUCAAGGGCUUCAACCUUUAUCGGUCCACCACUAGGUUGUUCUGUGCUCUAGAAGGAAGAUACCUGGUGCAGGAAACUUGUAGUGAUUUGAUGGAUAGUAAUGAUGCAUCCAGUGAACAUGAUGAGCUCCAAUUUCUGACCUUCUCUUGUUCCAUACCAAAUGUUUCUGGUAGAGGAUUCAUUGAGGUUGAAGAUUAUGGUCUCAGCAGUAGCUUCUUUCCAUUUAUAGUUGCGGAGGAAGACGUGUGUUCUGAGAUCUGUAUGCUAGAAGGUGUAAUUGAGAUUGUUGAGAGUGAUGACAACAAUCAAAAGAGAGCUGAGAAAAUUGAAUCCAAGAACCAAGCUUUGGACUUCAUGCAUGAAAUGGGUUGGCUUCUUCAUAGAAAUCACUUGAAGUUUAGGUUGGGUCACUUGGAUCCCAACCCCGAACUAUUCUCUUUCAAGCGAUUCAAGUGGCUUAUGGAAUUCUCAUUAGACCAUGAUUGGUGUGCCGUAGUCAAGAAGUUAUUGAGCAUUUUUUUUAAUGGAACUGUUGACUCAGGGAACCAUUCCUCUAUUAAGCUCGCAUUGUUGGAUAUGUGUCUCCUCCAUAGAGCUGUGCAUAGAAAUUGCAGGCCGAUGGUGGAACUGCUACUGAGAUAUGUCCCAGACAAAGAGUUGGAAAAACCAAGAUCUGAGCAGAUGCAACAUGUGGAUUCGGUAUUGGAGGACCUCAUGUUUAAACCGAAUGUUGUUGGGCCAGCUGGGUUGACACCUCUUCAUGUGGCAGCUAGUGCAGCUGGCUCUGAGAAUAUAUUGGAUGCCUUGACUGAUGAUCCUGGAUCGGUGGGGAUUGAGGCAUGGAAGACUGCUCGUGACAGUACAGGUCUGACCCCUAAUGAUUAUGCCUGCAUGCGAGGUCACUACUCUUAUAUCCAUUUGGUUCAGAGAAAAAUCAGCAAGAAAUCUGAAAGUGGUCAUGUAGUGCUUAAUAUCCCCAAUACAUUCAUGGAUUGCAAACCAUCUGAGGGGCUAAAACCAGCUAAAUUCACAAGCUUGGACAGUAUUGAAGCAAAAGCAGCACAAAGGCACUGCAGGCUUUGUGAACAGAAACUAGCAUAUGGAACCUCAAGAACUUCACUAGUAUAUAGGCCAGUAAUGCUGUCAAUGGUGGCCAUUGCUGCUGUGUGUGUUUGUGUGGCUCUGCUCUUCAAAAGCUCACCUGAAGUUCUUUGUGUGUUCCGGCCUUUCAGGUGGGAGCUGCUGGAGUAUGGCGCUAGUUAAGAUAGUUAGUCAUGUUCCUUAUUUUCCAUUAGCAGUAAUUUUCUUUUUUUCUUUCUUCUUUCCUCAACUGAAUGAGAAGGAUGGUGUAGUAGUUGUUUUGAUUUAUAUGGAUUUAGAUUAAGCUAAAAAUAUACAGUAGUCUUUAUGUAUAAAUUCUAAUCUUCAAUUCUCAUUAUAUAUAUGGGAAAAGUUCAAUUACAUAAA